AUGAGGACAGAACGGCUGCUUAGUAUUUGGAUAUUUUCUCUGCUCGGCUUGGCCUUUAACAGGGCAAGCAACCCUUCAGUGGAAGACGACCCGAAAUAUACGAAGCUAAUGGGGCGGGUUGCUAAGUUUUACUCCGUCACGAAACUCCAGCCGAACUCUCUCUUUGCAGAGGAGAGGAACCAUAUGGACUUCUACGCAAAUAUAUACAAGAAUAUCAAACCGAAAAGGCUUAAAUCGAAGAUAAACGAGCUUUUGGUUAUUGGAAAGACCAUGCUGUGCGAAAUAGAGUAUUUGUAUCUGGACUGUCUAGCAUACUUGAGGAUUAUAAAGGCGCAUGCGCCGAUCAUCAACGAUAUUUUCCAGGCCAAGGAAUAUGCAAUAGCUAGCAGCGUCCAAACCGACCUGAAGGCCUACAACAAAAUCAUGGAUAGGAUGGAAGAAACACUGAACGUUUUUCAGGAUAGAGCCAGCAUUGUUAGCCUAAAGUCAUUGUUGAACGACUACAUAAUGAUAUACAGGGCGACCGCAUCUGGAGCGAACAAGGACAUACAGUGUGAUCUGAUCAUGCACAUUCUUGACCUUCUGAAAACAACAAACAACAUGAUGGUGAACAUGGGCGAGGUGAACAUACACCUUUACAGUGCAAUUGUGAACAUAACGCGGUUUUUAAACAAAAUCCCGCAGAAUGGCAACUGCUUCAUAGGAAACCCAAAAUACUGCAUGAACCACUCUUGCUGGAUAUGCCGCCUGCACAACAGAGCCUUCUACGACAUUCCAACCGUAGCUUUCUAUAUUGAGCAGUUUCCAAACUCCAACACACACCAGCACUUAACACGAGAGCUAAAGUCGGUGAUGUACAUAGAGCAUAUCCAAGAAGUUCUGGCAAUUUUGUGCAUCGAGGGCAUGAAAAGAAAAAUAGGGCCCCCCGUACAAAAAUACAUGCAGGCUUCUGUCGAUAUGUACCCAGGCGAGAAAAUGUACAUCUAUUUUCUCCAUCAAGACUUCUACAAGGCAGAAACCAACAAAAUUCUGGAAAACGCCAUUUCAGAUUCCAGCGUCUCAAAAAAUGCCACCAAGUCCAUGGAAAGCUCUGGCACUGAUGUUCCAGCAGAGAGCACGGCUUUGGCUUUUCUGAAAGACUGUCGCCGCUGCAUAGGAAACUACAGGGUUUUUCCCGCAGACCAAUUGGCUAAGAAGUAUGCCAGCCUGCCGCUUUCUAGGCUGCAUGACAUCGCUAUUGAAAACUGCAUUUUUGAAAAAAUAACCUACAAGCUGUGUGGUCGGAUAAAGUCCCUGUUUAAAAUGGGAACUGUCCCCAUAUACUAUGAGGAAAGCAUGCUCCUGCAGGAAGAAGUCAAGGGCACCAUUAAAAGGGCAGCAGAAAUCCUGAAACACUCAUAUGCCAUCCUGGACGAGUCUACCAAAAGAGAGCUGUGCUUGGCCUUUAACCAAACCUGCGUUUACACUUCAUCCAUAAACUAUAUUUUCGAUAUUUGCCUUAGCAUUCUCACAAACUACAUGAAGAUAAUGAAAUUCAAUAACGGCGCAUGCGGCGACCCAGAAAAUCAGUUACUCUCAUUUGGCGAAAAAGAAAAAGACCGCUUCACUUUUAUGGUAAACAGCAUGAUAAUUCAGUUUUUGGCUUUGGAAGAUACUGUGCAAAAAGAGUACCCAAAAUUGUUGGCCAUUGUUGACAAGGUAGAUCUGCAGACAAGCUCAAACCUCCAAAAAAGGUGA